AUGCCAGGUACGAACAAAUUUGCAGAACUUUCGUCCAUUCACGUUGAUCCAUCGAUCUGGCCCAAUAUCCGAAACAACCUUCCAAUGAAGAACGACGCAUGCGAAACGGAACUGGUCAUUUCCGAAUGCGCUCCAGCUGCAAUUCAACUACAACUGACAAGGAAGAAAAGACUUGUCGACUGGGCGAAUAAAGUUAAACAUUUAACUCGGGCAUGA